CAACCUUCACUCUCGCUCCACCGCCACAAACUCAAUUGGCUGUUCAUGGCCGGCACCAGCUCUUCCGUCACUCCUAACGUCGUCGGAUCCACCGUCGUUGAACUAUCCAGGAACUCCCGGACCGGAGCUCCGUUCUCCGUUCGGAUUUCCUCCAGGAGCAACAGUGUCUCCAACCGCGACGAGCGUGGACCGCCGUCCGAGGGACUGUCUUGCAUAUUCGUCGGCCCUAUCGAGACUGCCAGCAAAGAAACCCUAGAGUCUCUCUAUCGUCAAGCACGCGAUGCAUAUUACAGUGGGAAACCUUUGAUAGUUGAUGAUAUGUUCGAUAGAGUAGAGUUGAAAUUGCGGUGGUAUGGGUCAAAAUACGUUGUCAAAUACCCACGUUGCAGUCUCAGGCGGCACUCCACUUACGCCGAUGCUGAGGAAGAUCCUUCACAGGUUUUCACAUUAGCAAGUGUGUGGCUCUUGUUUCUUGGUUUUGGCUGUUCAGCCUGUCUUGUACCUAUAAUCUACACAGUUGGGCAAGCUUAUCAGGAUGCAUUCAAUUCAGGAUUGUACUACAGUAAUCAAGCUUCUUCAGGAGCAUUUCUUGCCAUGCUGAAUGGCAUUUUCUUCAUGGUGUUGGGCUCUGUGGUUGGCUAUCCAAUUGCUUCAGCUUCUGCUGGAGCGCUGCAUGGCCUUUGGAAAAAUGACUUGGUAGCACUAAAAGGGGCAUGUCCCAAUUGUGGGGAGGAGGUUUUUGCAUUUGUGAGGUCCAUUCAGUCAAAUAAGUCUCCCCAUAGAGCAGAAUGUCAUGUAUGUGAAAGCUUCCUAGAGUUCCGAACCAAGGUUGAGCAAUCCAUCCCAACACCAGGUAAACGUUGGGUUUAUGGUCGCAUUUACUUAAUUCGGCGAAGGGGUGGGAACCAACAUCAAAGAUGGACAUGA